CUUUCGCUUGUAGUGAGCGCGCGAAUACAUUCCCGUCUCGUAUGGUUCCUCUGUUAGCUACUUAUUAGCUUAGCAUUGCUCACACUGGCUGAACUACAUUGGGACUACAACUGUUUAUCAGAGGACGACCUGGGUCAAGGCUCUUUGCUAUUUGUUUAUCUAAUUAAACCUUGAGUGAAUGUUUUCUGUCAACCACUGAAGAUACUUGCAAUGGCAGACAAAGAGGCUGGCUCAUAUGAUGAUACAGUGGAAGAGAGGGUUAUCAACGAAGAGUAUAAGAUCUGGAAGAAAAACACCCCCUUUCUGUAUGACCUGGUUAUGACCCAUGCCUUAGAGUGGCCCAGCCUCACUGCUCAGUGGCUUCCCGAUGUUUCCAGACCAGAAGGGAAGGAUUACAGUGUACACCGACUGGUGUUGGGCACACACACGUCUGAUGAGCAGAACCACCUAAUUAUUGCAAGUGUACAGCUGCCCAAUGAUGAUGCCCAGUUUGAUGCCUCACAAUAUGACAGUGAAAAAGGAGAGUUUGGAGGCUUUGGCUCUGUGAGUGGCAAGAUUGAGAUAGAAAUCAAGAUCAACCAUGAAGGAGAGGUGAACCGUGCUCGCUACAUGCCACAGAACCCUUGCAUCAUUGCCACUAAGACCCCCACCUCAGAUGUGCUGGUGUUUGACUACACCAAGCAUCCCUCAAAGCCAGAUGUUGUGGGAGAAUGUCGCCCUGACCUGCGUCUUAGAGGCCAUCAAAAAGAAGGUUAUGGUCUGUCCUGGAAUGCAAAUCUCUCUGGAUCUCUCCUCAGUGCAUCAGAUGACCAUACAAUCUGCCUGUGGGACAUCAGCGCUGCGCCGAAGGAGGGCAAGAUAGUCGACGCAAAGACCAUCUUCACUGGUCACACUGCGGUGGUGGAAGAUGUUUCCUGGCACCUGCUUCAUGAGUCACUCUUUGGAUCUGUAGCUGACGACCAACACCUUAUGAUUUGGGAUACUCGUUCCAACAACACCUCCAAACCCAGCCACGCGGUCGAUGCCCACAUAGCAGAGGUCAACUGUUUGUCAUUUAACCCGUACAGCGAGUUCAUCCUUGCCACUGGCUCAGCAGACAAGACCGUGGCUCUUUGGGACUUGAGGAACCUGAAACUGAAGCUGCACUCCUUUGAGUCACACAAGGAUGAGAUCUUCCAGGUUCAGUGGUCACCCCAUAACGAAACCAUUUUGGCAUCUAGUGGAACAGACCGUCGCCUCAAUGUCUGGGACCUCAGCAAAAUUGGAGAGGAGCAGUCACCAGAGGAUGCAGAAGACGGCCCCCCUGAGUUACUGUUUAUUCAUGGAGGCCACACGGCCAAGAUUUCAGACUUCUCCUGGAACCCAAACGAGCCCUGGGUCAUCUGCUCCGUGUCUGAAGAUAACAUAAUGCAAGUCUGGCAAAUGGCUGAGAAUAUCUACAAUGACGAAGAUCCUGAGGGCACAGCAGACCCUGAAGCUACAGCGUAACACCUGCAAGCUUUGCAUUUGUACACAACCUCAUCACACAGACAUCCCCGUAGUUCCUCGUAGCUUCUUGCUCCAUCUUUACCAAACUCGAUCCGUGGGGCAGUGUAAGCUGCUAACUGUAAAUACUUGAAAGAGUAAUCGUGCAUUGCUCCGGUUCCCUUUGGAUUCUGUCUUGUCUUCCUUUCAUGAAGCGACUGCCUUAUUGUCCAUUAAUCUAAUCCAUGUUUUUUACAGUGCACUUAAGAUAUUUUCGAAAUUAGUUUUGCUAUUCUUUGUACGUUGAACUGUUUUACACGAUGCUUUUAUGUUAAAAAAAAAUUAAAACUGUUUUCUAAAACUAAA